AUGUAUGAGAAGUUAACCAUGCUGAACCUGCAGAGCGGCUCAAACUGGAGCGGGCCUAAUAACUGGUACCAUGACCCCACCGGCGUUCAGACGCAACACAGCACAGUGUCUGAGGGCUGUCUGCUGGACACCGAGGGCAGCAUGGGGGGAGAGGCAGGGGGAGGAGGGACGGGCCGAGGGGGAGGAGUCCCCGUGGAGAGGGACGAGGGCGAGGAGUCUCAGCUGAGGCUGCAGCUCAAGAGGAAGCUGCAGAGAAACAGGACCAGCUUCACGCAGGAGCAGAUCGAGGCUCUGGAGAAAGAGUUUGAAAGGACACAUUACCCAGACGUCUUUGCGAGGGAGAGAUUGGCAAACAAGAUUGAUCUACCAGAGGCCAGGAUACAGGUGUGGUUCUCAAACCGAAGAGCCAAGUGGAGGAGGGAGGAGAAGCUGCGUAAUCAAAGGAGGUCAGGGGGCGGGACUUCCUGUUCGCAGAGCCAAGCCCCUCUGACCACUUCCUUCAAUACGUCCGUCUAUCAUCAGCAGCACGGCAGCAGUUCAGGGUCCAUGUUGAGUCAGGCUGAGUCGUCCCUGCCCAGCUACAGCUCCCUGUCAGUUUUCUCAUCUGGAGUUCAGUCUAUUCCUCCCCAGUCGGCCUCCUCCUACUCCUGCAUGUUGCCUCCAUCACCCUCUGCCCCGCGCAGCUUUGACUCAUCGGCGUACUCCUCACCACAUCUGCAGACUCCGUCCUCAGCCAACUCCAACACCGGGCUCAUAUCGCCUGGUGUUUCAGUGCCGGUCCAGGUUCCAGGAACUGAUCAGCAGGGCAUGAGUCACAACCUGGGUCAGUACUGGGCAAGAUUACAGUGAACAACAGACAAUCGCUGCCGACCGGCAACAGAAAAGAUGGAGGGGGAAAAUAGGGGCAUGUAACAAAAAAGUGUCUAGGAAAAUGGGGGACACACGGGUUUUAAAGAAGCACAGGACUGAGCUAUAAAGGGGGCCUGGAUGAGUUGCAUCCCGAAAUGCAUUAAAUGUUUACAAAUUCAGCCAAGAGCAGCUUUGGUUGCACUUGACAGUACUGUGUUCAGACUGGUAUUUGCUUAGUACAGGUUGUUUAUAAAUGAGAUCAAUUUGAGGUGAGUGUAGGAUUGAAAUAGAAUCAGAAUUAGGAUCAAGAUCAAUUCAGGGUUUAGGUUAGACUGUCUUUUGGUGCAGCAAGUGACCUGAUAGUAUGAUUAUUUAGUAUUAUUGUGUUGAACGUCAUCGCCUUUAGUUAAAGAUGACGAUCCAAAAACAAAACGCGCCCCAAAAAACAGAAUGGCACGUAGCAGAAAGCAUACCCUCAUUAAGGCCCCACUAUAAUUUAAUCAAGCCAUAUCCGCUAUAAAAGAAAACAUAUUUCAAUCCGCUGGAUCCAGAGUUUUAUUUAGAUCUGCAUCAAUGUCGAUACCAGCAAUCAAAAUAUGCCUCAUUUUCUUUCAUACAGAUCCAUGAAUUAUUACCUGAGACAUCAAGGAUGUUGGCAUCUUGCAGCAUCGUAGGAAGUGAGAAAAAAAAUCUUGUAUCCAUGUCAAUACCCGAAUUCGCACCAAAAUUAAAGGGGGUCUAUUCUGGGCCGAGACCCAUCCUCCAUCCAAGUUUCAUGGAAAUCUCUUCAGUGGUUUUUGUGUUAUCCUGCUGAGAAACCAACAAACAAACAGGUGUUAACAUCCUGCUUGAAACUGAAAUUUACUCCCACUUUAUUUAUUUAUUUAUUUAUUGAAUAUUAAAAAUAGCUUUAAAUGUCGUAUGGAAGAAUAUGAAAAGUGGAAAAAUGUUUUGCUUAAACAUGCUGAACUAAUGGAAGAGUUAUGAUCAUGACUCCCCCAUUCAGAAAUGCUUCAGUAAGUGAUUCAGUGGUACUAAGGAAAUGCCAGCAGAUGUCUGUAUUGUGAAGUGUGACCACAGUUUCUUGUUACUUGAGCAGCUCAAUGAUAUUGUGAUAGCGAGCUCGUUCCCUUACGCUGUCUGAGGCUACUGUGAAGAUUUUAGACUCGCUUAUGGCAAUCACUUUUACUAAAACUUAAAAAUGUACCAUAAAAAAAAAGAAAUCCUACCUACCCUGCCAGCAACGUUACACUAAGACUGAUACUGCAUAUUUUUGUACAGACAUCUGUGUAUGAUGAAGAUAACUGUGGAAUAUUGUUGGAUAUAUCGGAGGGAAGAAUGUAGCACGGUGUGGACUCAAGAUCACAAAUUUCUCUUUAAAUUAGGAUUGCACCAAAUCAGCAUUGGUAUCGGAUAUUGUCUGAUACAAGGCAAAACAUGAACAUGUUACAAAGUUACAGGUAUCGCAGAUCUUUGCCAAAAAGUGAAGCAAUUUUCUUUUGGUUUUAUAUAUACAUAUAAAUACAUAUUUUCUUUAAAUCAAAUCAAUCAAAAAAAAAAAAAGAAAGAAGAGAAGCAAGUCCGUGACACAAUUAGCAGUGAUACAUACUUGGAUUGGCUGGAGAUUUUUUGCACAUCACUAAUAAAACAUAUCAAUCAGCCAGUGACAAUCAAUGAGGCUGUCUUCAACUAGCACACGCAAACACUUGCUUGCGAGACUGACAAUCAAAGCUGGAGGUCGAGGAGAUAAAAAAAAAAGGAAAAUCUGUGAAUUUCUUUUGCAACACUGUCCAUGCAAUAGCAACAACGUUAUCAACUGUGCAUGACCAAAACAAGGCGCUACAGACAAUCAGCUACUUGCAGAAAUAAAUCGAGUAUUGUACAAAACCGUUACUGUACAUUGCAGAGUUUUCACCUCUGCUCACUUUCCUCUGACUGUAUUGUUUUUGUUGAUGCAUCUCAGUUUAAGCUCAUAUGAAACAUCUUCCAGCUCUUAUUUAUUUGUCUUUUCACUCGUUCACAUAAGUCCUCUGUGUUGUUUCUGUUGUUGUUGUGUGUUGUGUUAGUACUGUAUAGCUACCAAGAGUCAACCCUUUUGUGAAGGCCUUGGAUCCCUUUAAUGAAAAUAAAACUGUGUGUAAUGAA